CCCCCGCGUCAGAGACGAGCAGCAGAAGGCGGUGAUGGUGGCGGUGGUGGCGGUGUUGUUGUUGUGAGGGCACACGCAGGGAGACUUGCAGGAGGAGCGGAGACCAUGGCUGGGUUCCCUGAGGAGCGCGACUUCGUCGAGCCCAGCACCGAGGAGACGACGCCCGCCGCCCGCCAGUCGGCGGAGGAGGUGGAGGAGGCCAAGCUCCGGGCCAAGUACCCCAACAUCGUGCCGCAUCAACCGGGAGGCUCCCACUUCCUCCGCAAACGCCUCCAGAAGGGGCAAAAAUACUUUGACUCCGGAGACUACAACAUGGCCAAGGCCAAGAUGAAGAACAAGCAGCUGCCGCAGCCGGGCGGCGAGGUGACUGGCGACCACAUUCCCACGCCCCAGGACCUGCCCCAGCGCAAGAGCGGCGCCAUGGCCAGCAAGCUCGCCGGGUAGCCGAGGCACGCCGCUGGCGCAGACCGGCGCGGGCGCAGCCUCCCUGCCCCUGCCGAGCACGCGACACUACAACCCCUACCGCCACGGCCACCGCCGCAACGCUGACACUGACUUCAGCAGCACCACCACGACCAUCAUUAAUACACUGACGGCACCACCACUACCACCACCACUACCACCAUGAAUACACUGACAGCACCACCACCUGCUACACUGACACCACCACUCUUGCAACACUGCCACUGACAUCAUCAGCACCACCACUACCACCACCACUACCACCACCACUACCACCACUACCACCACCACGACCACCAGCAUCACCGCCACUGCAACACUGCCGCCGACAUCACCACUGACAUCAUCAUCAGCACCACCACCUCCCGCUAUGAGACCACCGCCCUUUCCGAGCGCCCAGGGGACAACCUGGUCCCAUGGCCGCCGCCCCCCUUUCUAGUUCCCUGCGUCCCAGUGCGUGAGAGAUCCACCCGGGGUGCGUCCCGGUGCGUGAGAGAUCCACCCAGGGUGAGUCCCAGUGCGAGAGAGAUCCACCCGGGGUGAGUCCCUGUGCGUGAGAGAUCCACCCGGGGUGAGUCCCUGUGCGUGAGAGAUCCACCCGGGGUGAGUCCCUGUGCGUGAGAGAUCCACCCGGGGUGAGUCCCUGUGCGAGAGAGAUCCACCCGGGGUGCGUCCCAGUGCGAGAGAGAUCCACCCGGGGUGCGUCACUGUGCGUGAGAGAUCCACCCGGGGUGAGUCCCUGUGCGAGAGAGAUCCACCCGGGGUGCGUCACUGUGCGUGAGAGAUCCACCCGGGGUGAGUCCCUGUGCGAGAGAGAUCCACCCGGGGUGCGUCCCAGUGCGAGAGAGAUCCACCCGGUGCCGUGCGAAGGAUCGUCUCGUUCACGCGGGGGGGACACACGCGCUGACGGCACCACACCCACAUCGGCGGCACCACCACGACCACCGCGUGCGCCGACGAGGGAACCUGCCUUAGACGACGUUGCAGUACGCGCUCGAGAUGACCGCUUGCCGACAGCCCUCGGUGGAAUGCCACGCCAAAAAUGUGAAAGUGUGCUUUGUACACGGGAUGGCGAGUCUAGCGCGUAGGCUCGACUCGGUUGAUUUAAAAAAAAUUGCUGUUGCUGCUACCGCCGCUGCGUCUGCGUUUCACCACGUGUCACAGACGGUUUUGGUGUGUGAAGUUGUCACGGUCGAUCAUAAUGGUCGGUGACCCUUGUUUUUCUGAUGUGAGCACUCACGAGUUGGCCUAUAACAGCUGAACCCACAGAGGGCCGCAACGCUUGGGCAAUUGUUGGCAGCACCAGCUCAUCGCGUGGCUGCCAGGAGAUGAGCGAUUGCUCAUCUCCUGGCGCCCCUCCGGUCGUUCUCUCUCUCUCUGUACGAGAGCGAGCCUUCGCCGUGCGGCGACGGCGGCGUUACAAGUUGACGUUAUGGUUUUUAUUACCGUCGUCGUGCUCAGAAACCAGCAGCUCCUGUGUAGUACAGCAGCCGUUUGGACGGGGGCCAAAGAGAAGUUUGGAAAUGCCACUGGCCCGGGCCGACCGUGCGUUGGUUGACGCUUAACCCUCUCGUGUGGUACUGGCACCGCGCACGUAGACUGCAACGAGGCGGCCGAGCGUGCCGAAGUUCUAAAACAGUGUUAACCCGUUGAAAGUAUUUACCACUCCCCCCUCAGUACCCGAUUUUAGUGCGGCUGAGAUGCCUCGUGGUGACGGAUGGAGACACCGUCUUGGACGGUCUUGGAGUGGUUGGCCCGUGGGGCCCCGUUUCAAAACGGAAGUUGUGGCUUGUGUCUGGCUCGCCUCGGCCGUGUGGGGGGGGGGGAGGGGCGUAGGGAUUCUGACACACGGUCAGUGUAGCUGGGGUUUCAAGAGUUGAAGCUGAUUUUGUGACGCCUCUUUUUACAUUGGCACAUCUGAGCCGUGCCAGGCCCAUGUGGCACGGGUUGCUUCUCGCCACCCCCCCCCCCCAAGCCCCAUCCCACACAAACCGGGACGGCGCUGCCGGGCCGGGCCCUGCUGACGCCGUUCUGUUGAGCGGCGGAAAAGUAACAAAAAAGGUUUCAGCGGCAAAGUGCGCCGUGGGUGAUUUCCGCGCUUGGUGGGAUAGGAGGUCUACCGACUGUCGACGUCCGUAGCAGUAGUCGUAGUAGUAGUAGCAGCAGGAGUAGUAGUAGCAGGAGUAAAUAGCGAUGCUGUGAAUAACGAAUCGUAGCUAGUGCGGUGGCGUGCGACACCGGGCAGCACCGUCGCUUCAACUCUCCCGUUUCGACCGCGCGCCGAGUUUGUGUCUGGGGGCGGCCGCCGAUUUGAACGGUGCUUUUGCGAAGGAUUUCAAAUAAAACACGACUUUCUUUGCGCCCGCCAAACGCGCACUCGGG